AUGGGAAAGGGAAAGGAAAAGGAUUUUGGGGUGAAGGUCCUGGGUCGGGCUGAGCUGGGAGCGUUGCUGCUGGUGGAUGGCGUGCUUCAGUACCCUCCGUUUGAGGCCGCUGGAGGGCGCGUGCAGGUGAACCGCCUCGGUAACAACGCCGUGGUCCACACAGACUUUGGCCUGACUGUCACCUUCAACUGGGAUGCUCUAGUGACUGUCAAGGUGCCCAGCAGCUACACAGAUGCCAUGUGUGGUCUCUGCGGGAACUUCAACGAGGACCCCAACGAUGACUUGACUCUGCGGAAUGGCAGCCAAACGACUGAUGCCACAGACUUCGGGAACAGCUGGCAGGAGGAGGAGACGGGCCCGGGCUGUGAAGCGACUGGACCCACGAAGGAAUGUCCCAACCUGGACGAGAUGCUGAACGACCAGGUGCAGAAGAAGGAGAAGUGUGGAAUCCUGGCCGACCCCGAAGGUCCCUUCCGGGAGUGUCACCAACACGUGGAUCCCCAGGGCGCUGUGCGCGACUGUGUCUAUGACCUCUGCCUGGUACCAGAACAACCUGAUGUGGCGUGUGACACAUUGGUGGCAUACGCUGCCGCGUGCCAGGCUGCCGGAGCCACCGUGUACCCCUGGAGGAACGAAACGUUUUGCCCAUCCAACUGCCCAGAACACAGCCACUACGAGGUGUGUGCCCAAGGCUGCCAGCCCACCUGCGGGAACCUCACGGUGACCGGAGCCUGUGGCUCUGCGUGCUACGAGAGCUGUGUGUGCGACGACGGCUUUGUGCUCAGCGGCAACUCGUGCGUGGCCCCAGAAUCCUGCGGCUGUGUUCACAAUGGCACCUACCACCCGCCAGGCCAGACCUUCUACCCUGGUCCCGAGUGUGACUCCCUUUGCACCUGCCAGGCGGGAGGCCAGCUGUCCUGCGAGCCCUCCUCCUGUGGCCCACAGGAGACCUGCCAGGUGUCUGAUGGUGUCUUGGGCUGCGUGCCCGUGAGUUCUGCCACCUGCCAGGCCUCUGGAGACCCACACUACGUGACCUUCGACGGCCGCCGCUACGACUUCAUGGGCGCCUGCGUGUACCUGCUGGCGGGCACGUGCGGCUCGAACAACAUGACGCUGCCCGAGUUCCGGGUGCUGGUGGAGAAUGAGCAUCGGGGCAGCCAGGCCGUGAGCUACACGGGCGCCGUGCGGGUGGAGGUGUACGGCGUGGAGUUGGUCAUGAGCCGGAAGAAGCCAGGACAAGUGAUGGUGGAUGGCGUGCUUCAGUACCCUCCGUUUGAGGCCGCAGGAGGGCGCGUGCAGGUGAACCGCCUCGGUAACAACGCCGUGGUCCACACAGACUUUGGCCUGACUGUCACCUUCAACUGGGAUGCUCUAGUGACUGUCAAGGUGCCCAGCAGCUACACAGAUGCCAUGUGUGGUCUCUGCGGGAACUUCAACGAGGACCCCAACGAUGACUUGACUCUGCGGAAUGGCAGCCAAACGACUGAUGCCACAGACUUCGGGAACAGCUGGCAGGAGGAGGAGACGGGCCCGGGCUGUGAAGCGACUGGACCCACGAAGGAAUGUCCCAACCUGGACGAGAUGCUGAACGACCAGGUGCAGAAGAAGGAGAAGUGUGGAAUCCUGGCCGACCCCAAUGGUCCCUUCCGGGAGUGUCACCAACACGUGGAUCCCCAGGGCGCUGUGCGCGACUGUGUCUAUGACCUCUGCCUGGUACCAGAACAACCUGAUGUGGCGUGUGACACAUUGGUGGCAUACGCUGCCGCGUGCCAGGCUGCCGGAGCCACCGUGUACCCCUGGAGGAAUGAAACGUUUUGCCCAUCCAACUGCCCAGAACACAGCCACUACGAGGUGUGUGCCCAAGGCUGCCAGCCCACCUGCGGGAACCUCACGGUGACCGGAGCCUGUGGCUCUGCGUGCUACGAGAGCUGUGUGUGCGACGACGGCUUUGUGCUCAGCGGCAACUCGUGCGUGGCCCCAGAAUCCUGCGGCUGUGUUCACAAUGGCACCUACCACCCGCCAGGCCAGACCUUCUACCCUGGUCCCGAGUGUGACUCCCUUUGCACCUGCCAGGCGGGAGGCCAGCUGUCCUGCGAGCCCUCCUCCUGUGGCCCACAGGAGACCUGCCAGGUGUCUGAUGGUGUCUUGGGCUGCGUGCCCGUGAGUUCUGCCACCUGCCAGGCCUCUGGAGACCCACACUACGUGACCUUCGACGGCCGCCGCUACGACUUCAUGGGCGCCUGCGUGUACCUGCUGGCGGGCACGUGCGGCUCGAACAACAUGACGCUGCCCGAGUUCCGGGUGCUGGUGGAGAAUGAGCAUCGGGGCAGCCAGGCCGUGAGCUACACGGGCGCCGUGCGGGUGGAGGUGUACGGCGUGGAGUUGGUCAUGAGCCGGAAGAAGCCAGGACAAGUGAUGGUGGAUGGCGUGCUUCAGUACCCUCCGUUUGAGGCCGCUGGAGGGCGCGUGCAGGUGAACCGCCUCGGUAACAACGCCGUGGUCCACACAGACUUUGGCCUGACUGUCACCUUCAACUGGGAUGCUCUAGUGACUGUCAAGGUGCCCAGCAGCUACACAGAUGCCAUGUGUGGUCUCUGCGGGAACUUCAACGAGGACCCCAACGAUGACUUGACUCUGCGGAAUGGCAGCCAAACGACUGAUGCCACAGACUUCGGGAACAGCUGGCAGGAGGAGGAGACGGGCCCGGGCUGUGAAGCGACUGGACCCACGAAGGAAUGUCCCAACCUGGACGAGAUGCUGAACGACCAGGUGCAGAAGAAGGAGAAGUGUGGAAUCCUGGCCGACCAAGGUCCCUUCCGGGAGUGUCACCAACACGUGGAUCCCCAGGGCGCUGUGCGCGACUGUGUCUAUGACCUCUGCCUGGUACCAGAACAACCUGAUGUGGCGUGUGACACAUUGGUGGCAUACGCUGCCGCGUGCCAGGCUGCCGGAGCCACCGUGUACCCCUGGAGGAAUGAAACGUUUUGCCCAUCCAACUGCCCAGAACACAGCCACUACGAGGUGUGUGCCCAAGGCUGCCAGCCCACCUGCGGGAACCUCACGGUGACCGGAGCCUGUGGCUCUGCGUGCUACGAGAGCUGUGUGUGCGACGACGGCUUUGUGCUCAGCGGCAACUCGUGCGUGGCCCCAGAAUCCUGCGGCUGUGUUCACAAUGGCACCUACCACCCGCCAGGCCAGACCUUCUACCCUGGUCCCGAGUGUGACUCCCUUUGCACCUGCCAGGCGGGAGGCCAGCUGUCCUGCGAGCCCUCCUCCUGUGGCCCACAGGAGACCUGCCAGGUGUCUGAUGGUGUCUUGGGCUGCGUGCCCGUGAGUUCUGCCACCUGCCAGGCCUCUGGAGACCCACACUACGUGACCUUCGACGGCCGCCGCUACGACUUCAUGGGCGCCUGCGUGUACCUGCUGGCGGGCACGUGCGGCUCGAACAACAUGACGCUGCCCGAGUUCCGGGUGCUGGUGGAGAAUGAGCAUCGGGGCAGCCAGGCCGUGAGCUACACGGGCGCCGUGCGGGUGGAGGUGUACGGCGUGGAGUUGGUCAUGAGCCGGAAGAAGCCAGGACAAGUGAUGGUGGAUGGUGUGCUUCAGUACCCUCCGUUUGAGGCCGCAGGAGGGCGCGUGCAGGUGAACCGCCUCGGUAACAACGCCGUGGUCCACACAGACUUUGGCCUGACUGUCACCUUCAACUGGGAUGCUCUAGUGACUGUCAAGGUGCCCAGCAGCUACACAGAUGCCAUGUGUGGUCUCUGCGGGAACUUCAACGAGGACCCCAACGAUGACUUGACUCUGCGGAAUGGCAGCCAAACGACUGAUGCCACAGACUUCGGGAACAGCUGGCAGGAGGAGGAGACGGGCCCGGGCUGUGAAGCGACUGGACCCACGAAGGAAUGUCCCAACCUGGACGAGAUGCUGAACGACCAGGUGCAGAAGAAGGAGAAGUGUGGAAUCCUGGCCGACCCCAAUGGUCCCUUCCGGGAGUGUCACCAACACGUGGAUCCCCAGGGCGCUGUGCGCGACUGUGUCUAUGACCUCUGCCUGGUACCAGAACAACCUGAUGUGGCGUGUGACACAUUGGUGGCAUACGCUGCCGCGUGCCAGGCUGCCGGAGCCACCGUGUACCCCUGGAGGAAUGAAACGUUUUGCCCAUCCAACUGCCCAGAACACAGCCACUACGAGGUGUGUGCCCAAGGCUGCCAGCCCACCUGCGGGAACCUCACGGUGACCGGAGCCUGUGGCUCUGCGUGCUACGAGAGCUGUGUGUGCGACGACGGCUUUGUGCUCAGCGGCAACUCGUGCGUGGCCCCAGAAUCCUGCGGCUGUGUUCACAAUGGCACCUACCACCCGCCAGGCCAGACCUUCUACCCUGGUCCCGAGUGUGACUCCCUUUGCACCUGCCAGGCGGGAGGCCAGCUGUCCUGCGAGCCCUCCUCCUGUGGCCCACAGGAGACCUGCCAGGUGUCUGAUGGUGUCUUGGGCUGCGUGCCCGUGAGUUCUGCCACCUGCCAGGCCUCUGGAGACCCACACUACGUGACCUUCGACGGCCGCCGCUACGACUUCAUGGGCGCCUGCGUGUACCUGCUGGCGGGCACGUGCGGCUCGAACAACAUGACGCUGCCCGAGUUCCGGGUGCUGGUGGAGAAUGAGCAUCGGGGCAGCCAGGCCGUGAGCUACACGGGCGCCGUGCGGGUGGAGGUGUACGGCGUGGAGUUGGUCAUGAGCCGGAAGAAGCCAGGACAAGUGAUGGUGGAUGGUGUGCUUCAGUACCCUCCGUUUGAGGCCGCUGGAGGGCGCGUGCAGGUGAACCGCCUCGGUAACAACGCCGUGGUCCACACAGACUUUGGCCUGACUGUCACCUUCAACUGGGAUGCUCUAGUGACUGUCAAGGUGCCCAGCAGCUACACAGAUGCCAUGUGUGGUCUCUGCGGGAACUUCAACGAGGACCCCAACGAUGACUUGACUCUGCGGAAUGGCAGCCAAACGACUGAUGCCACAGACUUCGGGAACAGCUGGCAGGAGGAGGAGACGGGCCCGGGCUGUGAAGCGACUGGACCCACGAAGGAAUGUCCCAACCUGGACGAGAUGCUGAACGACCAGGUGCAGAAGAAGGAGAAGUGUGGAAUCCUGGCCGACCCCAAUGGUCCCUUCCGGGAGUGUCACCAACACGUGCAACCCGAUGGCGCUGUGCGCGACUGUGUCUAUGACCUCUGCCUGGUACCAGAACAACCUGAUGUGGCGUGUGACACAUUGGUGGCAUACGCUGCCGCGUGCCAGGCUGCCGGAGCCACCGUGUACCCCUGGAGGAAUGAAACGUUUUGCCCAUCCAACUGCCCAGAACACAGCCACUACGAGGUGUGUGCCCAAGGCUGCCAGCCCACCUGCGGGAACCUCACGGUGACCGGAGCCUGUGGCUCUGCGUGCUACGAGAGCUGUGUGUGCGACGACGGCUUUGUGCUCAGCGGCAACUCGUGCGUGGCCCCAGAAUCCUGCGGCUGUGUUCACAAUGGCACCUACCACCCGCCAGGCCAGACCUUCUACCCUGGUCCCGAGUGUGACUCCCUUUGCACCUGCCAGGCGGGAGGCCAGCUGUCCUGCGAGCCCUCCUCCUGUGGCCCACAGGAGACCUGCCAGGUGUCUGAUGGUGUCUUGGGCUGCGUGCCCGUGAGUUCUGCCACCUGCCAGGCCUCUGGAGACCCACACUACGUGACCUUCGACGGCCGCCGCUACGACUUCAUGGGCGCCUGCGUGUACCUGCUGGCGGGCACGUGCGGCUCGAACAACAUGACGCUGCCCGAGUUCCGGGUGCUGGUGGAGAAUGAGCAUCGGGGCAGCCAGGCCGUGAGCUACACGGGCGCCGUGCGGGUGGAGGUGUACGGCGUGGAGUUGGUCAUGAGCCGGAAGAAGCCAGGACAAGUGAUGGUGGAUGGCGUGCUUCAGUACCCUCCGUUUGAGGCCGCUGGAGGGCGCGUGCAGGUGAACCGCCUCGGUAACAACGCCGUGGUCCACACAGACUUUGGCCUGACUGUCACCUUCAACUGGGAUGCUCUAGUGACUGUCAAGGUGCCCAGCAGCUACACAGAUGCCAUGUGUGGUCUCUGCGGGAACUUCAACGAGGACCCCAACGAUGACUUGACUCUGCGGAAUGGCAGCCAAACGACUGAUGCCACAGACUUCGGGAACAGCUGGCAGGAGGAGGAGACGGGCCCGGGCUGUGAAGCGACUGGACCCACGAAGGAAUGUCCCAACCUGGACGAGAUGCUGAACGACCAGGUGCAGAAGAAGGAGAAGUGUGGAAUCCUGGCCGACCCCAAUGGUCCCUUCCGGGAGUGUCACCAACACGUGGAUCCCCAGGGCGCUGUGCGCGACUGUGUCUAUGACCUCUGCCUGGUACCAGAACAACCUGAUGUGGCGUGUGACACAUUGGUGGCAUACGCUGCCGCGUGCCAGGCUGCCGGAGCCACCGUGUACCCCUGGAGGAACGAAACGUUUUGCCCAUCCAACUGCCCAGAACACAGCCACUACGAGGUGUGUGCCCAAGGCUGCCAGCCCACCUGCGGGAACCUCACGGUGACCGGAGCCUGUGGCUCUGCGUGCUACGAGAGCUGUGUGUGCGACGACGGCUUUGUGCUCAGCGGCAACUCGUGCGUGGCCCCAGAAUCCUGCGGCUGUGUUCACAAUGGCACCUACCACCCGCCAGGCCAGACCUUCUACCCUGGUCCCGAGUGUGACUCCCUUUGCACCUGCCAGGCGGGAGGCCAGCUGUCCUGCGAGCCCUCCUCCUGUGGCCCACAGGAGACCUGCCAGGUGUCUGAUGGUGUCUUGGGCUGCGUGCCCGUGAGUUCUGCCACCUGCCAGGCCUCUGGAGACCCACACUACGUGACCUUCGACGGCCGCCGCUACGACUUCAUGGGCGCCUGCGUGUACCUGCUGGCGGGCACGUGCGGCUCGAACAACAUGACGCUGCCCGAGUUCCGGGUGCUGGUGGAGAAUGAGCAUCGGGGCAGCCAGGCCGUGAGCUACACGGGCGCCGUGCGGGUGGAGGUGUACGGCGUGGAGUUGGUCAUGAGCCGGAAGAAGCCAGGACAAGUGAUGGUGGAUGGCGUGCUUCAGUACCCUCCGUUUGAGGCCGCUGGAGGGCGCGUGCAGGUGAACCGCCUCGGUAACAACGCCGUGGUCCACACAGACUUUGGCCUGACUGUCACCUUCAACUGGGAUGCUCUAGUGACUGUCAAGGUGCCCAGCAGCUACACAGAUGCCAUGUGUGGUCUCUGCGGGAACUUCAACGAGGACCCCAACGAUGACUUGACUCUGCGGAAUGGCAGCCAAACGACUGAUGCCACAGACUUCGGGAACAGCUGGCAGGAGGAGGAGACGGGCCCGGGCUGUGAAGCGACUGGACCCACGAAGGAAUGUCCCAACCUGGACGAGAUGCUGAACGACCAGGUGCAGAAGAAGGAGAAGUGUGGAAUCCUGGCCGACCCCGAAGGUCCCUUCCGGGAGUGUCACCAACACGUGGAUCCCCAGGGCGCUGUGCGCGACUGUGUCUAUGACCUCUGCCUGGUACCAGAACAACCUGAUGUGGCGUGUGACACAUUGGUGGCAUACGCUGCCGCGUGCCAGGCUGCCGGAGCCACCGUGUACCCCUGGAGGAACGAAACGUUUUGCCCAUCCAACUGCCCAGAACACAGCCACUACGAGGUGUGUGCCCAAGGCUGCCAGCCCACCUGCGGGAACCUCACGGUGACCGGAGCCUGUGGCUCUGCGUGCUACGAGAGCUGUGUGUGCGACGACGGCUUUGUGCUCAGCGGCAACUCGUGCGUGGCCCCAGAAUCCUGCGGCUGUGUUCACAAUGGCACCUACCACCCGCCAGGCCAGACCUUCUACCCUGGUCCCGAGUGUGACUCCCUUUGCACCUGCCAGGCGGGAGGCCAGCUGUCCUGCGAGCCCUCCUCCUGUGGCCCACAGGAGACCUGCCAGGUGUCUGAUGGUGUCUUGGGCUGCGUGCCCGUGAGUUCUGCCACCUGCCAGGCCUCUGGAGACCCACACUACGUGACCUUCGACGGCCGCCGCUACGACUUCAUGGGCGCCUGCGUGUACCUGCUGGCGGGCACGUGCGGCUCGAACAACAUGACGCUGCCCGAGUUCCGGGUGCUGGUGGAGAAUGAGCAUCGGGGCAGCCAGGCCGUGAGCUACACGGGCGCCGUGCGGGUGGAGGUGUACGGCGUGGAGUUGGUCAUGAGCCGGAAGAAGCCAGGACAAGUGAUGGUGGAUGGCGUGCUUCAGUACCCUCCGUUUGAGGCCGCUGGAGGGCGCGUGCAGGUGAACCGCCUCGGUAACAACGCCGUGGUCCACACAGACUUUGGCCUGACUGUCACCUUCAACUGGGAUGCUCUAGUGACUGUCAAGGUGCCCAGCAGCUACACAGAUGCCAUGUGUGGUCUCUGCGGGAACUUCAACGAGGACCCCAACGAUGACUUGACUCUGCGGAAUGGCAGCCAAACGACUGAUGCCACAGACUUCGGGAACAGCUGGCAGGAGGAGGAGACGGGCCCGGGCUGUGAAGCGACUGGACCCACGAAGGAAUGUCCCAACCUGGACGAGAUGCUGAACGACCAGGUGCAGAAGAAGGAGAAGUGUGGAAUCCUGGCCGACCCCGAAGGUCCCUUCCGGGAGUGUCACCAACACGUGGAUCCCCAGGGCGCUGUGCGCGACUGUGUCUAUGACCUCUGCCUGGUACCAGAACAACCUGAUGUGGCGUGUGACACAUUGGUGGCAUACGCUGCCGCGUGCCAGGCUGCCGGAGCCACCGUGUACCCCUGGAGGAACGAAACGUUUUGCCCAUCCAACUGCCCAGAACACAGCCACUACGAGGUGUGUGCCCAAGGCUGCCAGCCCACCUGCGGGAACCUCACGGUGACCGGAGCCUGUGGCUCUGCGUGCUACGAGAGCUGUGUGUGCGACGACGGCUUUGUGCUCAGCGGCAACUCGUGCGUGGCCCCAGAAUCCUGCGGCUGUGUUCACAAUGGCACCUACCACCCGCCAGGCCAGACCUUCUACCCUGGUCCCGAGUGUGACUCCCUUUGCACCUGCCAGGCGGGAGGCCAGCUGUCCUGCGAGCCCUCCUCCUGUGGCCCACAGGAGACCUGCCAGGUGUCUGAUGGUGUCUUGGGCUGCGUGCCCGUGAGUUCUGCCACCUGCCAGGCCUCUGGAGACCCACACUACGUCAGCUUUGAUGGCCGCUACUUCGAUUUCAUGGGCACCUGUGUGUAUGUGCUGGCUAAGAGCUGUGGCAACUCUUCUGAUCUGCCAGAAUUCACCGUCUUGCAGGACAAUGAGCCAUGGGGCAAUGGAUAUGCCAGCGCUACCAAGGCCAUUACCGUCUUAGUUGGCAACUACACCAUAUUCUUGGAGCAGAACCAACGAAAGGUUUUGGUGAACGGUGUGGCCCUGACACCGCCCAUGGAGUUGGAGGAAGGCCAGAUCCGCAUCUACCAGCAUGGGUCUGACAUCGUGGUAGAGACCGACUUUGGCCUGCGCGUGGCCUAUGACCUCAUGUACUACGUGCGGGUCACUGUGCCGGGCAGCUACCAACAGCACCUGUGUGGCCUGUGUGGAGACUACAAUGACAACCCCACAGAUGACUUCCAGAAGCCCGACGGCUCACAGGCGACCAACCCCAAUGACUUUGGUAACUCCUGGGAGGAGGACGUGCCGGGCUCAUCCUGCCAGUCACCCCCCGACUGCAGCACCUGGGAUGGUGAUAUCUGUGAGGACAACAAGUGCAGCGAGGAGCUGGAGACGCAAUACAAGGGCGAGGAAUACUGCGGGUUUCUCACCAGCGCCACAGGCCCGCUGGCCUCCUGCCACGCCCUGCUGGACCCUACCGGCUUCUUGAAGGACUGUGUCUUUGACCUCUGCCAGUCCAAGGGUAGCCUAGAUAUCCUGUGCAGCAACCUCCAUGCCUACGUGAGUGCUUGCCAGGCAACUGGAGGCCAAGUGGAUUCCUGGAGGAAUGAUACUUUCUGUCCGCUGAAGUGCCCCCCCAACAGCCACUAUGAGCUGUGUGCCGACACCUGCUCCCAGAGCUGCUCAGCUCGCAAUGCCUCCCUCAAGUGCCCAGAUGGCUGUGCGGAGGGCUGCCAAUGUAACCCCAACUUCUUCUACAAUGGCACAUCGUGUGUGCCCGCCCAGGAGUGUGGCUGCUACCACAAUGGCAUCAACUUCGAGCCGGAGCAGACGGUGCUGACUGACAACUGCCAGCAAGAGUGUGUUUGCCAUGAGGGUGUCCUGACGUGCCAGGCACACAGCUGUGAGCCUGGGCAGUUGUGCCAGCCCUCGGGAGGCAUCCUGAGCUGUGUCACCAAAGAUCCAUGCCAAGACGUAACCUGCCCUCCCCAGACGACAUGCAAGGAGCAGAACGGCCAGGGUGUGUGUGUGUCCAACUCCGGAACCACGUGCUGGCUGUGGGGCGACCCACAUUACCACUCCUUCGACGGCUACAACUUUGACUUCCAAGGCACCUGCAGCUACGUGCUGGCAGAGGUCGGUGACUGCCCGGGUGUGGACGCUGGGAACCUAACACACUUUGCCAUCACCACCAAGAACGAAAACCGAGGCAACCCGUCCGUGUCCUUCGUGAAGCUGGUCACUGUGACUGUCCUGGACGUGAACAUCUCCAUCUACAAGGGCGAGAUCGGCAAAGUCAGGGUGAAUGGCGUGUUGACAACGUUGCCUGUCUCAUUGGCCAAUGGGCAGAUCUCAGUGACCCAGGGUGUCUCUAAGGCAAUACUGGUGACUGACUUCGGGCUACAGGUCACCUACGACUGGGACUGGCGUGUGGAGGUGACGCUGCCCAACAGCUACCUUGGCGCGGUGUGCGGGCUCUGCGGGAACAUGGAUGGCGAUCCCAGCAAUGACCAAGUCUUCCCCAAUGGCACAGCUGCCCCCUCCAUCCCGGAAUGGGGUGGCAGCUGGCAAACCCCAGACUGGGACUCACAGUGCUGGGAUGAGUGUCAGGGGUCCUGCCCAACAUGUACCGAGGACCAGAAGAAGAAGUACCAGGGCUCUGAUUUCUGCGGACCCCUGGCCCCUGGAAUCGAGGGCCUCUUCUCCAAGUGCCACUCUUAUGUGCCACCCGACAUCUACUUCGAGGGCUGCGUUCUAGACGUGUGCCUGGGCGGCGGGGAUCGGGACAUACUUUGCAAGGCACUGGCUGCCUAUGCUGCUCUUUGCCAGGCUGCUGGCGCUGAGCUCCAGGACUGGAGGAAGCAGCUCAAGUGUGAGAUCACCUGCCCUGACCACAGCCACUACGAGCUCUGUGGCUCACCCUGCCCGGCCACCUGCUCAUCCCCUGAGAACACCACGACCUCCGCCCUGUGCCAGGGUCCCUGCGUCGAGGGCUGCCAGUGCGACACAGGCUUCGUGCUGAGCGGCGACCGCUGUGUGUCCCUGGAGGAUGGCUGUGGCUGCUGGGAAAACGGCAUCUACUAUGAGAGGGGCAGCGAGUUCUGGACCGACGCCACCUGCUCCGAGCGGUGCCGCUGUGAACCUGCCUGUGGCUCGCUGAUCUGCAUGUCCUCCAGGUGUGGAAAAGGUGAAGAGUGUGCCUUGCAGCCCUCGGGCGAGUACAGCUGCCAGCCAGAGAGCAUAGCCGAGUGCCAGGCCUGGGGUGACCCCCACUACGUCACCCUGGAUGGGCAUCAGUUUGACUUCCAGGGCGCCUGCGAGUACCUGCUCAGUGCGCCAUGCUCCAAGCUGCCAGAAGGGACCGAGAAGUUCAACGUCACUGUGGCCAAUCAGCAGCUGGGCAACCAGGCUGUCAGCUACACCCACAGCGUCACUCUGUACAUCUAUGACCAUAGCUUGACCCUCAGCGCCAGCUGGCCUCAGCAGCUACAGGUGGAUGGCCGGUUAGUGACACUGCCCUACCAGCUGGACUCACGCUUGAAUGCGUACUUGAGUGGCAUCGAUGUGGUGGUGACCACCGCUGCCGGGAUCUCGCUGAGCUACGGGGACAGCUUCGUGCGCCUCCACGUGCCCUCGGUGUAUGCCCACGCCCUCUGUGGCCUGUGUGGGAACUACAAUCAGGACCCCUCAGAUGACCUGACCGACAAAAAGCCAGAGGACUGGCAAGUGGGUGGGGAACCAGGCUGUGGGUUGUGUGAGUCCGGGUCGUGCCCAGAGCCGUGCACGCCCGAGGAGCAGGAGGCCUUCAGAGACGCCUGCAGUGUGAUCUCGGACCCCAAAGGCCCACUGGCCCCUUGCCACAGCUUCCUGCCACCGGAGCAGUACUUCCAGGGCUGCUUGCUGGACGCUUGCCAGACUCAGGGCCAUGAGAGUGGCCUCUGCACUGCCGUGGCCUCCUAUGUGACAGCCUGCCAGGCCGCUGGUGCCCAACUGGAGGACUGGAGACAGCCAGGCUUCUGUGCUCCUCAGUGCCCAGCCCACAGUCACUACGAGCUCUGUGGCGACUCCUGCUCUGUAAGCUGCCCCACUCUCUCGGCACCCGAGGGCUGCAAGUCCACAUGCCGCGAGGGCUGCUUCUGUGAUGCUGGCUACGUGCUCAGCGGUGACACCUGCGUGCCCCUGGGCCAGUGUGGCUGCCUCCAUGAGGGCCACUACUACCCGCUGGGUGCCACCUUCUACCCGGGCCCCGAGUGUGAGCGGUACUGUGAGUGCGGCCCAGAUGGCCUCGUCAGCUGCCAGGAGGGUGUAGCCUGUGGGCCCUACGAGGAGUGCAAAGUGCAGAACGGCAUCCAGGCCUGCUAUCCCAAGGGCUCUGGUCACUGCCUGGCCGACGGGGGCAUCCACUACGUCUCCCUGGAUGGACACGCCUACGACCUGCACGGCUCCUGCUCCUACAUCUUGGCCCAGGUCUGCCAGCCGGAGCCUGGAGAUGAAGACUUCACCAUCAUCCUGGAGAAGGACGCGGCUGGAGAGCCGAAGGGCCUGCUGGUGACUGUGGCCAACCAGGUGGUGAGCCUGGAUUUGGGGCUACAGGUCACCAUAGAUGGCGAAGAGAUGGCCCUGCCUGUGGCCGUGGGCCAUGUGCGGGUGACUGCCGAGGGCCGCAACCUGAUCCUGCAGACCACCGGGGGGCUGCGGCUGCUCUUCAACAGCAACGCCCACGUCCUCAUCUCCAUCCCCAGCACCUUCCAUGGCCGUGUGUGCGGCCUCUGCGGCAACUUCAACGGCAACUGGACUGAUGACUUUGUCCUGCCCGGAGGCACGGUUGCUCCCGAUGCUGAGGCCUUCGGAGCUGAGUGGAGAGCACCUGGCUCCUCUGAGGAUUGCAGUGAGGGCUGUGGCACCCAGGACUGCCCCACGUGCUCAGCGGACGAGACGGCUGCCUACGAGAGCAGUGAGAUCUGUGGGAAGCUGCUCGAUGCCAACGGCACCUUCGCCAGCUGCCACGAGGUGCUGAGUCCAUCUGAGUACUUCCGCCAGUGUGUCUACGACCUGUGCGCCAGCAAGGGCAACAUGACCAGCCUCUGCCACAGCCUGGCCGCCUAUGUGGCUGACUGCCAGGCAGCCGGCGUGACCAUGAAACCCUGGAGGACGGACAGUUUCUGCCCUGCGGAGUGCCCCGCCCACAGCCACUACUCCUUGUGCACAAACACCUGCCAGGGCUCUUGCUCGGCGCUCUCUGGCCUCACGGGCUGCACCAGCCUCUGCUUUGAGGGCUGCGAAUGUGAUGACCGCUACCUGCUCUCCGACGGCGUCUGUAUCCCCAUCCAGGACUGCGGCUGCACCUACGAGGGGCGCUACAUGCCUGUGAACACCUCCUUGCUGUCUUCAGACUGCAGCGAGAGCUGCUACUGCUCAGACAAUGGCCUCACGUGCUCCGCAAAUGAAUGUCAAGUCGGCUUUGUGUGCGACAUCCACGAGGGGACCCGGGUCUGCCAGGUCUCGCAGGGUCUCUGCUCCCUCACUGCGGGCUCCAACCUCACCACCUUUGACGGAGCCCUUGGUGCCUUCAGCUCUCCGGGCGUGUAUGAUCUCUCCUCCCGCUGCCCUGGCCUGGCAUCGCACAUCCCCUGGUACCGUGUGGUUGCUGCUGUCCAGUCCUGCGAGGACAAAGCCAAGACCGUAGUCCAGAUCCAUGUCUUCUUCGAGGACGGCAUAGUGACUGUGAUCCCCGGCAAGGGCGUGUGGGUGAACGGCCUCCCAGUGGCUCUCCCGGUUGACGUGUUAACAUCAGUGUCUGUGAGCCAGACAUCUGACGGCUCCAUACUCGUCCAGCAGAAGGCAGGAGUGAGCGUGUGGCUUGGAACCGACGGGCAGCUGACUGUGGCCGUCAGCGAUGACCAUGCUGGAACGCUGUGUGGGGCCUGUGGAAACUUUGACAGGAACCCGACCAAUGACUUGGGUGACUCCCAGGAGGACACAGAUAUGGAUAAAUGGCGGGCGCCGGACUUCUCCCCUUGGUGA